CGGCCAAUAUCAACGAUCGAUUUUGCGGGUCCGCGCGAUGCCUUUCAAGAAAUUCAGGCCGAAGUUCUCCAUUUACCAAGUUUGCGUAACUAUACUGGAGGCAAAGCACUUGCCGCAAAAUGCGAAUCCGCUGGUCGUCGUCAAAGUUGGAAAUCGCAAGAGAAGGACAGUGGUACGCGAGAGAACCGAUAAUCCUGUUUACAACGAGUACUUCGUAUUCGACUUCACGUGCAGUUUGGACAAUCUGCUAAACACGGGAAUCACGAUAGCGGUGUACCUGCGGAACUUUCUUCGGCGGCUAAAGUUUCACGGAAGCACUUCCUUCGAAGUUGCCACAGUAUGGGAGCAACCAGAUCGUCAGUACUAUCAUAAGUGGGCCGUGUUGACAGACCCGAAGGAUCUGACGGCGGGCCCGAAGGGUUACGUGAAAUGCAACGUCACGGUAAACGUCAAGGACGAGAAAGUGAAGGUGCAUCCAGAGACAGCGGAUGAGGACGACAUCGAAGGGAAUCUGCUGCUCCCCAUCGGCGGCGAGAGACUGCCCUUCAGGCAACGCGCCCGAUACGUCUUCGUCGUUUAUCGCGCCGAUGGUCUGCCCGACAUGAGCAGCCUGUGCAAAAAGACCGAUUUCGAGAACGUUAAUCCCUACGUGCAAAUCUCGUUCGCCGGAAUGAAGGAAUCGACGAGCGAGGCAUGGCAAACCUACUCCCCGAAAUUCAACGAGGCGAUCAUUUUCAAGGAGAUGUUCCCCAUCCUCUGCCACCGCGUGAGAAUCACUAUAAAACACCGUAUCGACAGUUGCCGCACUUGCGUCGUGGCAGUUCAUAUCCUGGACACAACAAAGAUCUCGAAUUCCGGAGAGUACGGAUUCCUGCCGACUUACGGGCCGUCUUUCAUCCACUUUUACGGAUCCGGCUCGGUGGAAAAGAACGGCUGCUCGGGCAAAUGCUUGACGGCAAUGCCUUUGUAUCGCGGAAGGGUGCUUCUGUCACUGAAAACUGAAAUGGAUGACCCAGAAGCAUCCUCCGGAAUCGGAGUUGAGACCGUUCCAGCAUUUCCCAUUAUCGAAAAAAGCCUGUGGUCGACCGAGAAAUAUCUUUUGGUCGGAGUGCUGUACGACGUGUGUUUGAUCGACCGUUCUCGAUUCGGAUCGAAAUUAAUCAGCUUCGAACUGAGUCUGGGAAACGCGGGAAAUCAGCAAUUUCCGCACAGUCAAUGCGCCGAAGACAAUAACGAUCGUCAGUCAGAGUUGCUGGAAAAGCGUUUGAACUUCGAAAGUCAAUCGGCCCCUCGGACGACCGGCAGUGUGGACGGCAAAUAUAAUUACGUGCCCUUGGGAUCCAGGAAACCCUGCUUGUACGUGAGGUCUUGGUGGCCAAAUUUGGAAUGGCGGAUGUUCAACAGCAAUAAUCUCCGCUACAUCUCCGACUUUUUGGAGUCGAGAUUAGAGAAACUAGAGACUCUCAUGGGUAUAGAGAAUCCGAUAGCCUUCGAGGCUUAUAACGAGACGAUUCGCGCACUGAAAGCUCACUGCGCGCGUUAUGUAGACGCAUUGGAUACCGGCAGGUACGAAAACAAAGGAGGAACCACUAAACUCGAUCGUCAUCGCGUGAGUUUGUGUCGAAAAAACGUCGAGGAUAUCCUCAAGAGGAUCAAGAUCAACGGCGAACUUCCUAAUAAUAAUUACAUGAGGAUCGCGAUGAUCCACGCGUAUCAGUAUUUAAGAAAAUUGAGGAACCUGUGCGAUGACCCUCAACACAGUCUUCCGGAUGUCUUCGUUUGGAUGAUCGCCGGCUCGAAGAGGGUCGCUUACACGCGGCUGCCGGCCGAGCAACUUGUCUACUCCGAGGAAGCGACUGAAAUGGGCGGAAAAUGUGGCCGGCGGGUCAAUCUGUUUCCCAGGAAUCCGGACGACGACGGGAAGCCAGCCGAGUACAGCGCCUGCAAAAUCGAGGCAUUUUUGUGGCUCGGCAACGCGAAGUACGCCGCGGCGUGUUGGAGCGCGAUUCCGCCGGGAUACGAGAUCGAUCACGGCAGAAGCGUCGACGCGUUCCCGAAGUACAUCGAGUACAAUCAGUCCGCGACGUUCCAGUUGCGAGCUCACAUAUUCCAAGGUCGUUUCGAACCCGGCAUGGAGGCUUCCGGCCUGCUGGACUCAUUUAUACGCGUCGUGUUUCAGGGAUACACGGCUUCCACGCGGGUGAUAAGACAAAGUUUAGAUCCAUUUUGGGAUCAGACGUUAAUUUUCCCUCCGAUUAUUUUGCACGGCACUAAAGAGUAUACUAAGUUUCUACCAUCCGAAGUCGUCUUGCAGGCUUUCCAGCAGGAUUUAUUCGGCACGAGGGAAUUCUGUGGCAAGUGUAUUGCGGUGCCAUUAGUGAAACUCGCCACGGAAACUUACUCGCCGCCCGAUUUCCCACCGAAAUUAGAGUGGUGCAAAUUCCAGUCGCAUAAAGAUUGCACCGGCUCGGUCCUCGCCGCUUUCGAGCUGAUAGAAGGGCAUGUUUCUGUAUACCGAUGGCCGCAUCCUGAUAAUCUCCCGUGCAAAACGAGAAGCGGCAGAGACGCGGCUAAUGGCCUGUGCAACGAUUAUCCGCCUCAAGAGCCUGUUAAACUCCUCGUUAGACUCUACGUUGUAAAAGGCAUUAACUUACAGCCUAAGGAUCCCCUCAGCGGCAAGUCCGACCCGUAUCUCUGCGUGAAGCUGGGAAAAAAUUCUAUCAGCGACAGGAAGAAUUAUAUACCCAAUCAAUUGAACCCCACGUUUGGCCGUGUGUUCGAGAUCGAGGCGAACUUUCCGCAGGACUACAUGCUGGAGAUUCAAGUGUGGGACUUCGACGCCACGACGGCCGACGAUCUGAUCGGCGUGACGCGGAUUGACAUCGAAAAUCGAUUUUACAGUCGGCAUCGGGCGCAUUGCGGAAUCGCGCGGACUUACGGCACCGCCGGUUACAACGCGUGGAGAGAUCGCGAGAGACCGACGCAGAUCCUGGCGCUCCUCUGCAGGAAGAACAAUCUACCGUCACCGGAAUACGGCGAGCGCGAGAUUAAGAUCGGCAAGCAGUCAUUUCCCUUUCAUGCCGUCAUCGAGCGCGAAGAAGAGAUUGACAGAGAAGAAUGCAUGGCCCUCAGCGUGCUUCAUCACUGGCAAGAUUUUCCUAUCUGCGGAUGUGCUCUGGUUCCGGAGCACGUCGAGAGACGGCCACUUUUCAACGUUAAGAGGCCCGGUCUUGAGCAGGUUGCAUGA